GCUCAAAAGCGCGGAAAACGUUUUACUUCAAAGACGGAUAUUUUCGGAUUCAGGACACAAAUAGUCAUCGCCUUCAGAGACGGAGACGCAACGGAACAAUCAGCACGGUGUGCUUCAGUGUCUCCCUCAUAACAUUUCCACAGCAGCAUUGACUGCCAUAUGGCGGCCACUCGACUCCUUUCGUCCCGGCCCUCUCUCCAAAGCCCUAAACUCUCUCGCCCUACCCGCCCGAUCGAUUUUCUUCCUCGAUCCUCGGGACUCAAAUUCUCGAAGAAGAUUGUGAGCCACGGCAUUAGAUGCGACAUCACCAGCUUCGAAUUCGACAAGCCCCGGAAUUGGACCGAUCCGCUUCAUGUGAUCGGAAACUCUUCUCCUUCUUCCCAUUCUUCCUCUUCGGUGCCAAUGGCUGCCGCUGCUGCCCGCGAUCCCCCUGCGAGGGGUGUGAAGAAGGUCUGCCUCUUUUACUGCGCCGAGACCAAGGCCCUGGCCGAGAGAGUCGCCGCCGAGUCAGAUGCGAUUGAGCUCCGUGGCAUUAACUGGAGAACAUUUGACGAUGGAUUCCCCAACUUGUUCAUACCUAAUGCUCAAGGUAUCCGUGGACAGCAUGUCGCGUUUCUGGCCUCGUUCAGUUCUCCCGGAGUUAUUUUUGAGCAGCUCUCUGUCGUCUAUGCGUUGCCGAAAUUAUUCAUCUCAUCUUUCACCCUCGUCCUUCCUUUCUUCCCCACGGGAACUUCCGAGCGUAUGGAGGACGAAGGAGAUGUUGCAACUGCUUUCACUCUUGCUAGGAUUUUGUCAAACAUACCAAUUUCGAGGGGAGGCCCUACCAGCCUUGUGACCUUCGAUAUCCAUGCUUUGCAGGAGAGGUUCUACUUUGGUGAUAAUAUUCUUCCUUGCUUUGAGAGCGGGAUACCUUUGCUUAAAAAUAGGCUCCAAGAGCUCCCUGAUUCCGACAAUAUUGCCAUUGCUUUUCCAGAUGAUGGUGCUUGGAAACGAUUUCAUAAGCAGCUGCACCACUUCCCAAUGAUUGUUUGUGCUAAAGUUCGGGAAGGAGACAAACGAAUAGUUCGUAUCAAGGAAGGAGAUCCUGCAGGACGGCAUGUCGUGAUCGUUGAUGAUUUAGUCCAAUCAGGUGGUACUCUUGUUGAAUGUCAGAGAGUAUUGGCUGCCCAUGGAGCAACAAAAAUUAGUGCUUAUGUGACGCAUGGGAUAUUUCCUAAUAAGUCGUGGAAACGCUUUGAACAUGACAAUGGAGGGAAUCCUGAGAAUGGGCUGACCUACUUCUGGAUAACAGACUCGUGUCCAAAGACGGUAAAGGCAGUGAAGAACAAACCACCAUUUGAAGUUCUUAGCCUUGCUGGUUCUAUAGCUGGUGCACUUCAAAUAUAGGAGAGACUUGGGAGCAUCAAGUCACCAGCCAAAUCUUGGUCUUGUGUGGGAAGGUUAGUGCGUUAUUUUAUUCAGUUUUCCCCCUCCCCAUUGUCUUCGAUCCUCCAUCAAACUAUAUUAAGUGACUUUGGCGUCACCAUCCCUAAGAGUUCAUUUAAGUAUGAGGCGGCAGUCUUUAAGGCGUUCGGUUGGAUAGAUUUUACUGUCUGUAGAACACAUCUUUGUGAUGUUUACUUAACUUGUAUGGGAGAUCUGCCUAAAUUCUGCUUGGAAUAAGAAUUUAAGUGGAAUCAAUACAUUUGUGAUGUGUACUUAACUUGUAUGGGAGAUCUGCCCAAAGUUCUGCUCGGAAUAAGAAUUUAAGUGGAAUCAAUACAUUGUAUUCCUGGCUUCAUGAUA